AUGUCUCUAUCCGACCUCAAGGUUAACGGACUUUAUAUCAUUUUAUUUAUAAGGCAUGAUCCACCAGUUCAGGACAAUUUCCACUGGGGCCUCUACCUCCACCGUCAUUCUCAAACCGGCGGCACGAAAUACCAUAUCAAGCAGCAGGGCGCUGGCUGGAUAACUGAUCAUGGGCCUACUGCUGGAGUUUUCAAAUCCUUCCUUCUCGUGGGUCUUUUUAGGAUUGCUGAUAUUCCGGCUGGUUGGGAGGGACACGUGGAUCAGACCAUAAGGAUGUAUGACAGCCAGAUAAAUAAUCCGGAUAUUUCAUGCUGA